AGGCCCUGAAGGUAAAGGAGUCUUAAUUCUCUCUAUCUCUUGGAGGUUAGAAACUCUGUAGAAUAUCUCUACACACACAAUUCACUAUAUCUGUCUUCAAAUUUCUCAACACAACGGCUGCCCAAAUGGCAGAUAUAACAAAGCAUGCCCCCAUUGGUUUUGGUGGUCGAAACUUGAUCUCAGAUUUUAAGAUCCACUUCUCGUUAUUCAGAACUAAGACAACCGUUGCUAUUGCAUAUGGGUUUGGGUUUAUGUUCGUUUUCAUUGCCGUCACCAUUUUUCUUCCUUUCACCCUCUCACCGCCGAACUCUUCUUCGCCCUGCUUCACUAGCAUUUUUGCUGCUUCCACUUCUUCAACCUCAUCCUCGUCAUCAUCACCAUCAUUUUUCUCUUAUUUGAAUGCCCAUAAUUCUUCCCCGACAGAAGACAAUGUUAGAUCCCUGAACCCCACGAUGCGACAAUACAAUUUUAAUAAAGAACCCCCAGUUGAAGUCUUGAAGCCAACUAGUACUUCGGUUUUGCAUUCUGAAUAUCGGAAUACAGCGAUAUCAAAUUUUACUUCUGAAUCGAAUAAAGGUUCUUCAGAUGUCAAAAAUCACACUCAAAUCGCAGACAGACUUGAAUUUUUGAAGGAGAACCUCACUCAAACUGACAAAGUUGAAUAUUUGAAGACAAAUCAGAGCACAAUUGGGGGCACAAAUCAUUCAAAUACCAAAGGUAAAAAGAACGGAGACCGAGGAUUUACAGAGAAUGGCUUGAUUAAGAACUUAACUUCUUCUGACGAUUUGAUAAACUCUUUGAUGAAAUGUAAUUUUUAUGAUGGAAAUUGGGUGAAAGAUGAUUCUUAUCCACUGUACAAGCCUGGUUCUUGUUCUCUGAUUGAUGAGCAAUUUAACUGUUUUCUCAAUGGUAGACCUGAUAAUGACUAUCAGAGAAUGAAAUGGAAGCCCAAAGCUUGCACACUCCCAAGGCUAAACGGAAGUCAUAUGCUGGAAAUGUUGAUAGGGAAGAGAUUAGUGUUUGUUGGAGAUUCUCUGAAUAGGAAUAUGUGGGAAUCACUUAUUUGUAUAUUAAGGAACUCUGUGAAAGAUCAGAGUAAAGUUUAUGAGCAACAAGGCAGGCACAAUUUUAGGACAAAAGCUUCUUUUUCCUUUAUAUUUGAAGACUAUAAUUGCACUGUUGAGUUCUUUGUAACUCCUUUCUUGGUUCAAGAAUGGGACGUCGACAACAAAAAUGGAACCAAGAAGGAAACACUUCGACUCGAUAUAAUUGAGAGAUCAGCUGAUCAUUACAAAAAUGCAGAUAUCAUUGUUUUCAACACUGGACACUGGUGGACUCAUGAGAAGACAUCGAAAGGGGAAGACUAUUAUCAGGAAGGUAGCCAUGUCUACAAAGAGUUGAACGUCCUUGAGGCAUUUCGGAAAGCUUUAACAACAUGGGGAAGAUGGAUUGAUGCCAAUGUAAAUCCAAUGAAAACUCUCCUCUUCUUCAGAGGUUAUUCUGCUUCUCAUUUCAGUGGUGGGCAAUGGAAUUCUGGUGGGCAAUGUGACCACGAGACUGAGCCAAUAAAGAACGACACAUAUCUCACUCCAUAUCCACCGAAGAUGACAGUUUUGGAGAACGUGUUGAAAGGAAUGAAAACCCGCGUAACUUAUCUCAACGUCACGACAAUGACCGAUUAUAGAAAGGAUGGUCAUCCAUCAAUUUAUCGGAAGCAAAACUAUUCCGAAGAGGAGAAGAGAUCCCCAUUGAGCUUCCAAGACUGUAGUCAUUGGUGCCUCCCCGGAGUGCCUGAUGCUUGGAACGAGAUACUCUAUGCCGAACUUUUAGUAAACCAGAAGCAACGUCAGAAAAGGCAUCAGGACUAGGCUCUUGAGUAAUUAUACAGAAAUGUACAUUAUACGUUUCGUUGCUUUUGAGAUACGGAUACAUAAAAAUAACCUGCUGAAGAUCCAAGAAACAGUAUCUUCGUACGGUAUAUAAAUAACAAGAAACAUAGAGAGAUUAGUAGCUUUAAAGCAAGAGAUUGUACUUCAAUAUGCGGAUGCGGUGAAAGAAAGGCUUUCGAUCGGGGGCUAUAUUGAUAUUUUCUUUAUGAAGAAUUUUUAAUGCAUGAUAUUAAUUAUUAUUUCCCUUCAAACUUUACGAAUUUAGGCAUAAUAAGAUGUUU